CCAUGCUGCCCAUAAGCCUGGCGGGUAGGCUGCUGUGGCGCUUCCUGCAGGGAUUGUCGCCCGCCGUAACACGCCAUGGCCUCCGGGAUCCGAUCCUGGAGAGGAGAUGCGCAGCUGCCUUCUUCCAGUACCCAUCCCUCCUGGGACGUGGGCUUCCUCGUGGCCCCUCGGCCACUGGGAACUACGAAAAAACCACUGACACGGAGGAGCAUUUUGUGUUCCCGGAAUAUGUCCCGAAGCCCCCGGGGGCACCGAGUCCCGAGGAGCAGUUGCGUAAGCUGCUGCAGCUGCAGCAGGAGAAAGAACGACAACAGGAUCAGCGGAAGGAGGAACGACUCCAGCAGAAGGUACGGGCCGGCCGCCGCCCGCGCCCGAUCGUAGAACUCCCGGAUCCGACGGUGCCUCCUAGCGGCCUGAACUGCACGGGCUGCGGGGCAGAGCUGCACUGCCAGGACCCCGGCAUGCCCGGCUACCUCCCCAGCGAGAAGUUCUCCAGCGCGGCCCAGGCGGACAGCGGACCUGUGCGGCUCGUGUGCCAGCGCUGCUGGCUGCUGGUGCACCACCGGCGCGCCCUGCGCGUGCAGGUGAGCCGCGAACAGUACUUGGAACUGGUGAGCGCCGCGCUGCGGCGGCCUGGGCCAGCCCUGGUGUUGUACAUGGUAGACCUGCUCGACUUGCCCGACGCCCUGCUGUCCGACUUGCCCAAGCUGGUGGGUGCCAAGCAGCUCAUCGUGCUGGGGAACAAAGUGGACCUGCUCCCUCAGGAUUCUCCCGGCUACCGGCAGCGACUCCGAAACAGGCUGUGGGACGACUGCAUCCGUGCCGGACUCCUGCCGGCCCCUGGCCACCGAGGACCACAGCAGUCCAGCGAGGACAAGCCAGGGGACGCGGAGAAUUCGAAUCCGUCGGCCUGGUCGCGCACGGUGGUCAGGGACGUAAGGCUGAUCAGUGCCAAGACUGGCUAUGGAAUUGAAGAAUUGAUCUCCGCACUUCAGCGCUCCUGGCGUUACCGUGGCGAUGUCUACCUGGUGGGCGCCACCAACUCUGGCAAGUCCACUCUUUUUAACACACUCCUGGAGUCUGAUUACUGCACCGCAAAGGGCACCGAGGCCAUCGACAGGGCCACCAUCUCCCCUUGGCCAGGUACCACAUUAAACCUUCUGAAGUUUCCUAUUUGCAACCCAACUCCUUAUAGACUGUUUGAAAGACAAAAAAGACUUAAAAGUGAUGCAAAUAAAGCUGAAGAAGAUCUUAGUGAACAAGAACAAAAUCAACUUAAUCGCUUUAAAACGCAUGGUUAUGUAGUUGGAAGAGUUGGAAGAACAUUCUUAUAUUCAAAAGAACAAAAGAAAGAAGAUACUUUUGAGUUUGAUGUUGAUUCACUUGCCUUUGACAUGGGAAAUGAACCUGUCAUGGUUGUGGAGAAAUCCACCAAACGGAUAGAAUUGACUCCUCAAGAUGUGAAAGAUGCCCACUGGUUUUAUGACACCCCUGGAAUUACAAAAGAAAAUUGCAUUUUAAAUCUUCUAACAGAAAAAGAAGUAAACAUUGUUCUACCAACACAUUCCAUUAUUCCAAGAACUUUUGUGCUUAAACCAGGAAUGGUUCUAUUUUUGGGUGCUAUAGGCCGCAUAGAUUUCCUGCAGGGAAAUCAGUCCGCUUGGUUUACAGUUGUGGCUUCCAACUUCCUUCCUGUGCAUAUUACUUCCUUGGACAGGGCAGAUGCUUUGUAUCAGAAGCAUGCAGGUCAUACAUUACUCCAGGUUCCAAUGGGUGGAGAAGAACGAAUGGCAGAAUUUCCUCCUCUUAUUGCUGAAGACAUAACAUUAGAAGAAGGACUUGGGGGAUCUGAAGCAGUGGCUGACAUCAAGUUUUCCUCUGCAGGUUGGGUUGCAGUAACACCUCAUUUUAAGGACAGAUUACAUCUCCGAGGCUACACACCUCAAGGAACAGUUCUGACUGUCCGGCCUCCUCUCUUGCCAUAUAUUGUUAACAUCAAAGGAGAGCGCAUCAAGAGAAGUGUAGCCUAUAAAACCAAGAAGCUUCCUUCUCUUGUGUCCAAUCUGCAAAAGAAGAAAAAAGCAACAAAUGUAUGACAUGGACCUGGGUUCACACUGGAUAUUAACUAUAUUCCACAUGGUAAUAUACAUUAAUUUAUAUUAAAUAUGGCUAUAAUAAAGUCCCUCAUGCUGUCAUCCUUCCUGAAAACCUUAGGUUUUUUGACUUUUUAAAACUAUUCAUCACUGGGCUGAACUAUUGAUAAUAUAUUGAGCCUAUAUAACAAAUUGGUUUUUUGCAGUUUAUUUAUAUGUAUGUACCUGUGACCUAAAUAUAUAUAAAAAGAAUUAAUAAGUUCAAAUUUUUAUUGAGACCAGAUUUCAUUUAUUUUAUUUGGAGUCUAUAGUUGAUAGGGCAGUAAGGAGUCAGCAUAUGAAAAAAUGGCCAAAAGUCCUUCUCCAAAAUACUUCGGCUGUACUCCAUGUAAUCAGUCAUCCAAGGAUCCAUCUGGUGGAAAUUUACCUGGCUUCCAUCUCUGUCCAAGGAGGCCAUUCAAGUUGUCAUCCUUUCCCAGCAAGUGUGAAGAGAGGCUAAGAGUGGGCAACAGGCAGCUUCCCUAAUUAAUUAAAAGGAGAAAGAAAAGCAGAAUGGUGAACAGCUCACAGUCCUUUGGUCAGCCAUCAUGUGGCUACAAGGAAGCUGGGAAAUGGGAGCCAUUUUGGGUUUUAUCAAGAGAAGAAGGAGAAAAUGAACUGGAAGACAAAUAGAAAUUUACCUUGCACAGUUUGAAAGUGCCUGAAAAUCUUAAAAGGAUUCAGGCUUUAUAUUUCUAGCAUCUAAGGUUAGUUCAACAAAUAAGAGAAAAUUUUAACCACUUAUUAACAUUUGCCUGUGUGUAGCUGAGAAACAUUACAUCAGUCAGAAGUCUUUACUUUUUGUUAUUCUCUGUAAGUAGUACUGUAAAUGCAUCAGGUGACAUAGCGUAUGUUGAAAUAAAGGCCAGUGGAAUGAUAA